UUUCCUCUCUUCAGUUGUGAUGUGAACAGCGAUCUGUGCGCGAGCGUCUUUUAGAGAUCAUUUCAUGGAUUUACAAAGGAUUUACCUCCAUGAUUCUUCAGUAUGACCAGCAAUUCGAUGCCCUCAGUUCUCCACUGGCAGGAGGGCUCUCGGUUCUGCGGCUGAAGCGGCUCAGUAACGGCAGAAGCUGCUGCUGGAAUGUUCCGUCAGGGCAACAACAGUGGGAAUAAACGCAUGACAAGCGGUGCUCGUCUCUCCCAGCCCAUCAUCCCCGUGUCUUUGCCUACUGCGUCCGUCAAAACCCUAGAAAUGGGCCGCAGCUCUAAGACAAACCCCCUCAACGCUAUGGGCCUGGACCACAACAUCACCACAUCGGGAGGGGAUCCCGAAUACAUCAUGCAACUGGUCAAUGAUGUGCGCAAGUUUUCUGAUGUGCUGCUAAGCCUAAAAGAGGCUUUUCACGCCAAAGAAAGUCAAGAGUGCUCGCAGCACGUGGUGAAUGAGCGUCUUGGGGAGCUGGUCCACGUGUUGAAGGCCGUCAUUGGCAAACACCAGGCACUGAACUCAUCCGAAAUCCUUGGUGCCGCAGGGACUGUUAUAGCUAAAGUCAAAGGCGUGAACUUCAACGAAGUUAAUAACGAAAAUAAAAGCACAAUAUUUGGCGGGAUACACACGUCGAUUGACACUUUGGCAUUCACCUUUGGCAAUGUAGUGUCUGACUUCCUUAUGGGAGAUGUGGAUGGUGGCUCCAGGUUGGGGUAUCCCCAAGCCAGAAGAAGUCGUUCUUUUGAAAACCUCUCUGAAGAUUCACGAGGCUGCAGUCAAAACGAUCUGGCAGAUCAUGCUCUGUCUCCAGAACUGUCCACAGUGGAGCAGGUGGACCUUCUUCUCCUGAAGAACGACAGUGGUGUAGAGUCAGCUCUGCUCUAUGCCAAGGCCUGGUCCAAAUACACCAAAGACGUGCUGGCCUGGGUGGAGAAACGCCUAAGCCUGGACAUGGAAUGUGCCAAAAGCUUUGCCAAGAUGGCAGAAUCUGCGAAGGCUGUAGCAAGUCAACAGGAUUUCAUGCCUUUCCGGGAUAUCUAUGUGUCUGCCUUUAAAAAUGAAAUCGAGUACAAUCAUGUGCUGCUCCAAACGGCUGCAGCUCUCCAGACCAACAAAUUCACCCAGCCACUGCUGGCCCGCAAGAAUGACCUGGACAAGCAGAGGAAAGAGAUUAAAGAACAAUGGCAAAGAGAGCUGAAGAAAAUGAGCGAGUCAGAAAGUGCUUUAAAGAAGGCUCGGCUGUUGAAGAUGCAGAAGAGGGAGGAAUACGAGAAGGCCCGGAGCUCGACCAGCCGUACCGAGGAGGAGCAGUCGGCAGCAGGAGGCAGGACACUGGAGAAGAAACGCAGGGUGGAGGAAGAGGCCCUACAGAAGGCAGAGGAAGCGCAGGAGCAGUAUAAAGCUUGUGUGGUUGAACUGGAGGCCAAGAAGGUCAGCCUGUCAAACGCUAAGAGUGAAAUCCUCGCACAGAUUCGGAAGCUGGUCUUCCAAUGUGACCUGACCCUCAAAGCGGUGACAGUGAACUGGUUCCAGAUGCAGCAGGCUCAGACUUUGCCCCUGUCCGUCAACUACCAAGCUUUAAGCGAACAAGCCAAGAAGUACGAACCAGGUCAGCGCUACUCAGAAUUUGUGCGCAGUCUCCCUAAAGAGCGCGUGUGGCUGGAGUCUCUGUCUCAGGACAUCACCGCUUCCUCAAAAACGGGAAUGUCCCUUCAUAAAAGAUCUCAGAACAGCACUCGCUCGUCCCAUGGGAACCUGUCGCAGGGCUCUGCUACGUCUGUGGAUAAUCACAGUGCAGAUGAGGUGGAGGUUAACAUGCAGCCCUGCAAGGCCAAGAUUGCAGAGAGACGCUCCAAUAGCAGUAUAGACAUGCAAGUGCCGAGGACGCAGGGCUCUCAGCGGGCCUGGAGCUCAGGCAGUGCCAGUGGAGGAGGGAUGUGCAGUGACUCCGAGAGCGCUGGAGGAAGCAGCGAGUCUCGCUCCAUGGACUCCCCCACUGCCAGUCCAGGAGAUUUCAAACGCAGGCUUCCCAGAACUCCCUCCACUGGUACCAUGUCUUCUGCAGAUGACCUGGAUGAAAGGGAGCCACCUUCCCCAUCCGAUACCGGCCUCUCUGAGAUGGUGAUGGAAACAGCCAGUUCUCCAGGCCCUUUCCGCAAUGCUCAGAUGUCAAAAGCGGCUCAUACACACAAGCUACGAAAACUGCGAGCACCUUCCAAAUGCAGAGAGUGUGACAGUCUGGUGGUUUUUCAUGGGGCAGAGUGUGAGGAGUGCUCCCUGGCCUGUCAUAAAAAAUGCCUCGAGACUCUUGCCAUUCAGUGUGGUCAUAAGAAGCUCCAGGGUAGGCUGCACCUCUUCGGGAUUGACUUUGCCCAAGUAGUAAAGAACAGUCCUGACGGCAUUCCCUUCAUCAUCAAAAAAUGCACCUCAGAAAUCGAGAGUCGUGCCCUGAACAUUAAGGGCAUUUAUCGGGUGAAUGGGGCGAAGUCUCGUGUGGAAAAGCUGUGCCAGGCCUUUGAGAAUGGAAAGGACUUAGUGGAGCUUUCUGACCUCCACCCGCAUGACAUAAGCAACGUGCUCAAGCUUUACCUGAGACAGUUGCCAGAGCCGUUGAUUCUGUAUCGAUAUUAUAACGAUGUCAUUGGGCUGGCGAAAGAGACUCAGAACAUGGACAAGACAGACUCAGCUAAAGAGAAAUCAGCAGGAGAGCAGCUGGGCCUCAGCACUGAGCUUAAAAGAGUGCUCUUCAAAGUCAGAGACCUCCUUCGACAGCUUCCUGCGCCCCACUACAAAACCCUGCAGUUCCUCAUCACACAUCUGCACAGAGUUUCAGAUCAAGCUGAAGAGAACAAGAUGACCGCUAGUAAUCUGGGCAUCAUCUUCGGCCCCACGCUCAUCAAGCCCAGACAUUUGGAGGCAGAAGUGUCCCUGUCCUCUCUGGUUGACUAUCCUCACCAGGCCCGCAUGGUGGAGCUGCUCAUCAAGCACCAUCAGAUGAUCUUUGACGUGCCCCUCAGCCCCCUGUCUCCAACCAGUCCAACUGGAUCACAGGCUUCCUUUGGGUCCAGCUUCCAGGACAAAGAGUCUAAACUCAGCCGUCACUCCCGAUCGCUGAUGGACAUCAAAGAGAGUGCAAAACUCUACAAGAGACACUCGUCUGUGAUCAUCCCAGCUCAGCUCAUGGAGGAAGGGAAGGAAAUGAAGUCUCAGGACCACAGAGUACAAACAUCUGCAGGUGAGGGCUCAGAUGUCAACGGGGUUGGUUCGACUUCUGUCGAGUCCACAUCUGUGUUCAGCCGGCCUGGUGCCAGCAGCCGAAUGGUGCAGCUGAGACCCCAGCGUGCCAAGCCGGUGUCUCGACCAAUCAGCAUGCCCAUAGACCGCCUACUCAACGAACGCAACAGCCGCAACACAGUGGAGCAUGAUCACUCGCCCGCCGCCAUUCAGGAGACCACCGAACCAGAGAAACCGACAACACCACGACACACCAACUUUUACAGGAACCCCUUCAUUGACACUCAGACGCUGAGAAGGACCUGGGACAGACAGUACAGACAUUAUGACGUCACGCCCAGGACUGCAAUGAUAGUCGCCAACCUGCCACCUUCCGGUGUGCAGAAACAGCCUGAAAUUAGUAUGGGAUCCCAAAGCAGCACCUCUAGAAAAGAUGGUACAAGCCAAUCUGGUGUAGCUCCAAUAUCGUUCAGAGCAGCACGGACACUAAAACCCUCUUCUCCUGGAACGUUCUAUAGACCUCCAUCUGGAGGCCAGUUGAAGCCAUUUGACUUGCUGGCAAAAUCAGUUUCAACAGCGCCAACCACUACCACAGGAGCUAUUUACACAACAGCUAUUACUGUAUUAACAACAGCCAGCACGUCAUCAGUCAUGACGAUCUCUACAGCGGUGACGACCCCACCCACCUCGCCAACAACAUCAGUGACUGUCUCUCUGACAUCCAAGCCUACUUUUACAACAGUGAGCAGCAGUGUAUCAGGAGGAGCAGAGGAAGGACUGUCGGAGAGCGACUCGCUCAACCCGAUCACACUCUCUCCACCUCAGUCUCCAGGCUCCAGCGCUGAGGAGCUCAGCCCGACAGAUGCCAAACCCCUCUAUCAGAGACGCAGUCGCCGCAUGCAGGAGCUGGAGCAUCGAGAGGCUCAUUUUGUGUAAUAAACUCUUCUGCAUGGUACAGCAUAGGGGCUUUCACACCAGUGGAACUAUUUCACGGUUCCUAGAACUAUUGGCAGAACUACCCACUUUUUGGCUUGUUUGCACUGCAGGAACUAAAUUAGCUCCUAGGUUAGUGCAGGGUCUAAAGUAGGCAUGGGCCGGUAAAAGAUUCUAAUGGUAUGAUUCACGGUAUUGUGAUUACUGCUCUAAAAUAUAUUCUCUUUAAAUGUCUGAGUAACAAACAAAAACUUUUUUUCCCCUUUGAAAACAAUAUAUAUAUUUUUUUGAAGGAUUUAUGAUAUUUUGGAGCAGUAAACAUGUCAGGCUAAAUAAUUCAAAUGAAUAAAAGACUUCUGCUGUCUUUAUUUGUUUCAAAAACACAGAUUUCCUUACAAUUAAAAACGACAUCUUUGGAUAUUUUUUUCUGCUGAAGAUACUGUUGUCCUAAAAAAAAAAAAUAAAUAAAUAAAUAAAUAAAUACAAAAUCUUACACAUACCUUAGGAACGGUAUUACAGAACAUUUUGGCGGUUUUAAAACCUUGACUUUUCCAAACUGCGGUAUACCUUAAAAAAGGUUAUCGUCCCAUGCCUAGUCUAAAGGCCCUGUUACACUUCAAACAAGGUUCUUCAUCGUUCUUUGUUUGAGGACAAAAAUAAGUUUGAAAAAGCUGAUAAGUGAGUGACGGUAUGGUGUUUUCGAACAUUCUAACAACCCUGCGUUGUAGUAAAUGGGGUUGGAAAUGAGUCACAUUGUCCAGCUUUUUGGGUACUGCAUGAGAAAUGCUAAUGCGGUGCGCCACAAACACCAAAUGGCACACCCGGUGUGUGUACUCUCAUAGAAAACAAUAUUUAGAACUUUAAAACAUGUGGCGCUUCUCGUACAGUGUUUGACCCUCUCCAAGUAUUUACAAUUACUCCGCGGUCGGAUACAUCUGUACCAGCUCUGCUACUCGACCAUUCUAGUUUAUAAAUGUAGCUAAGUUGAUGUUGUGUUGGAUGUUGUUCUCCUGUCUGAUCUUUGUGGAGAUGAGAAUACACCCACCAAUCGUGUAAUUGCCUCGGACUAAUGUUAGCUCAGAGGCAUUUAGGAGCCAAAACAAACUUUCCUUAAAAGUUGCUCUGCUAAGCUGUUUUGAAAUCAAAACUAAUUUAGUUUCAGCCUAAAAAUUCAGCCAAAAAUUACAUAAUUUCAGUGUGUUCAUUGUAGCGUUGGGCGAUGUCGACCAAUUUGGCAUCGUAAGAUUUCUAAUAUGAAACAUCGCGAUGGACGAUGGCAUUUUCGUUCUAAAAUGCCAUUUAAAAACUAAGACGUAUUAGUGUAGACGGGGCCUAAGUGUGUAUUUUUUCGCGAAUUUGAGACAAGGGCGGGGCGGAGGAUCGCAGCCAGCCCAGCAUUGUCAUGUCUAUCGGCCAUCGGCGAUGGAUGAUGGCAUCGUUUAUCGGCCCCUAGUUCAUUGAUUCAGUUUGAAACAUAUCGGGCCUUAAUUCAGCACAAUAGGAAUUAAGUAAAGUAAGUGUUUGCUGAUUGGACUGAUGCAUACCAGCCAAACGCCAAUUCUGACCGCAUUUUCCCAUUGCAUUUUUCUUAUUUGUCCCCCUUUUUCAGUCUUGAUGAUAUGUGGCACGGUGGCUAAGUGGUUAGCACUGUCGCCUCACAGCAAGAAGGUCACUGGUUCAAGUCCCAGCUGGGCCAGUUGGCAUUUCUGUGUGGAGUUUGCAUGUUCUCCCUGUGUUUGCGUGGGUUUCCUCCAGGUGCUCUGGUUUUCCACACAGUCCAAAGACAUGCGGUAUAAGUGAAUUGGAUUAACUAAAUUGGCUGUAGUGUAUGGGUGUUUCCUGGUACUGGGUUGCAGCUGGAAGAGCAUUUGCUGUGUAAAACAUAUGGCUAAAUAGUUGCCAAUUUAUUCCGCUGUUGUGACCCCUGAUAAAUAAGGGACUAAGCCGAAGAAAAAUUAACGACUGAAUGAUAUAUAGCACUACAAGCGAUUUAGUUCUAUUUUGUGCAGUUUCAUUCUUAUAACUUGUACAUUUGUGUUCUAUCUCUCUUCUCACAAAACACAUGACAACACACAAUGAAAACACAGCUUUUAUCACACUGUCCUCCAUCCUCUAGUGCUCCAUAUCAACUGGGUUACAUUACUUUAGAGUUGCAGAGGGCAGCUAGAGAAAAUAGUUUCGGGAGAACUGGGCAUGUUGUCUAGUUCUUAUAACUAUAGCUAUCUGGUGUGAAAGCCACUUAUUCGCUUAAUACAUGACACUCAGAGAGUGUUUGAUUCCUCCACGGCCCUCAAAAUGUCAUUUUAUAAUAGUCUUGUAGAUUUGUCUGCUAUUGUAUGUAUUUUUAUGUCAACAUUUGUGCCAUACUGUAUAUAUGAAAUUUUUUUAAUAUCCCUUUGAGAAAGGGUAAGACUAUUAUGAGGGGUGAAACAUCUCAAUUUUUUGUUAAUGUCCCUUUAAGCUACUGUUUGAGCCAGAAGUAUCAGCAAAGGUCCAAAUCAUUUGUGACAUUCACUUAUCCACAAGUGAGCAGUUUUUCCUUUUUUUAUUGUUUCUGAACGCUUAUGCCAAAUGUAUCUCUUUCUCAUUAUCUCAUUCACUGUGAUACUGUAUGUUGGCCAUCCAGAGGUUUAAAGAGACACUUCUAUAACAGUAAAUAAUCGACGUUUCGGAUCUUCUGUGUAAUAAUUGUAUAAACUCAACAGAAUUGUGUACAGUAUUGUCUGUAAAUUCAUGCCAACCUGCUCAUUGUGAUGCACUUGCUAAGCCUUAACUUUUUAAUAUAUAUUUAAUGCUGUGCCACUGGAUCAUCACUGCCAUCACACAUAGUAAAUCAGUUAC